AUGAAUACAGUAAGUUGUUAUUCUGGCAGUGGCAAUAGUGCUCACGGAUCUCCGAUUGCGAAUUCACGAGACGAAUUAAAAACGCAGUUUAUCACCCGCGAAGGAGUUUAUAAACAGAUGACCCUUUCUGAAUACACUCGGCCCAGUCGAGUUUCUUAUAAUCAGACUAGUGCCACUGUUGGAAGUACACCUGUCCGUGUCUCCUUCCUAACUAUUUCCAGUAACACUCCUUUGAGUCAUGGCAAUGUUGAAAGCUCGGUUUCCGUGAAUGGUGAUUUACCGCAACCGCAGAUUCUAAAAGAUUACCCUAACUGUAAAGGAUUGACAUCCUAUAGUUCUGUAUCUCGUUCUGACAAUGAUUCUGUUACACCGAAAGAUCUUAUCUGUUUCAAUAUCGGCCGUGAACUUUAUGUCUAUGUAUAUCGAGGUAUCAAUAAAGCUGUUGACUUGAAUAAGCCAGUUGAUAAGCGUGUAUAUAAAGGUACUUUUCCGACUUGUCAUGACUUUAACAAAGAAACCGCAACUUCUUCGUCCUGCAGCUUAAUUAUUGGAUUUUCUGCUGGACAGAUCCAGCUAAUUGAUCCUUUUCAAAAAGACUUUCAAAUUAGCCGAUUAUUCAACGAGGAUCGCUUUAUUGAUAAGUCUCCUGUUACCUGCCUUAAAUGGGUGCCAGGACAACCGCAUAGUUUUUUGGCAUCUCACGCUAGUGGUAAUUUAUAUCUUUACAGUGAUGAUCUUCCCUGCGGAGCAGGCCCUCCUCUGUAUCAAGUGCAUAAGCAGGGGGAAGGUUACACUGUGUAUAGCUGUAAAUCUAAAAUAUCUCGUAAUCCAAUAUAUCGUUUUUUAAUUGGAAGCGGGUCAAUCAGCCAGUUUGCUUUUUCUAUGCAAUGUGGCCUCAAACAUCUUGCAACUGUUGGACAUGAUGGGUACCUACGUAUUUUUAAUUUUGAAACUAUGGAGCUGACUGGCUUUAUGAAAUCGUAUUUUGGCGGUUUAUCAUGCUUGUCUUGGAGUCCUGAUUCAAAAUACAUUGUCACGGGAGGUGAAGAUGAUCUCGUAACUGUUUACUCAGUGUUUGAAAAACGUAUAGUAUGUCGAGGACAAGGGCACAAAAGCUGGGUUUCACAGGUUGCCUUUGAUCCGUUCACCUCUCAUGUUGAAAAUCAACAUCACUCUCCUGUGGAUCUUGGUUCAGAUGAUGAAGUUCAGCCUCCUAACUUUGAAGGAAUAAACCUGUCGCAAAAAGGAGGAUCAGUGAUGCACGGACGGCAUAAAAAGGACUCAGUCUCAUCUACGUCAAUGGGAGGGAAUUGUUUACCUGGUCUGCGUCCCUCAUAUAGGUUUGGAUCAGUUGGUCAAGAUACGCAACUUUGUUUGUGGGAUCUCACCGAGGAUGUUUUACGGCUUGCUUUACCCAGUCAGAGGAGAAGGAACUCAACGCUAAACUCUGUUGGGACGGAUCAGAUGUUAUCUCCUCGCUCCUGUACUGGCGAUGGUAUGAAGAUAAUAAAUAUUGAUGGUAAAGGUACUCUCAAGGGGAAGAAGUCACAUAAACAUGGCUUCAGUUUUGGAGUUAAAUUGAGACGGAAUUCUCACGACAGAUGGGCUCGAAACCAUGGCUCUACUUUAUCUGAAAAGGAAAAAAGAGAGUGUGCAGCAGCUCGGCUUUUAGGCACCCCGGUGUGUCCUCAUUUGGAUGAUGUGACUAUCAUUGAACCAUUAGUAUGUAAAAAGAUUGCACAUGAAAGGCUGACAGGAUUGGAAUUUAAAGAAGACUGUAUAGUUACGGUUUGUCAGGAAGGAUUUAUUGUGACGUGGGCAAGGCCUGGAAAGGUAAAUUUCAAGUUUAUGUUGGCUCUAAUUGCCAAGGUGGGAAGGGUUAAGUUGGCUUGA